ACAGACACACUCACACACACUCACAGACACACACUCACACACUCAGCAGACCUGAGCAGAGGAACAACAACAUGUGGAGCUGCUGAGCUCGCCACUCUGUCCUCGCCGCUCUCCGCCUGCAGGACCUCCGACAGCCGUCAUGUCUCCGCUGCAGAUGUCUGUCUACUGGCGCCUCUCUCUCGUCUUCUUCUUCACCUCUUUCCUCUUCUUUCUCGACAUUUUCACGGCCGCCAUCGUCGCAGCUACUUGUCACCUCGGUAACAACACCGGUGUCAGUGUUCGGCGUGGAGCGUUGGAGGGCAACCAAUCACUGCCCGGGCAGGACGAAGCCGAUUGGAUGACGGAGAGCGGGAUUGGAGACUCAGUGUGUGGUUGGACAGACUGGCUGUCCUACGGUCAGACUCUCUACAUGGUGGGCUUGUUGCUGGGCUCUCUGUUUGGAGGAGCCAUCUCUGACCGGUACGGGAAGCGUCCGGUACUGCUGGUGUGUGUGUGCUUGCACGCCAUGUGCGGCCUCGUGCCCGCCAUCCUUCCUCAGCCGCACCUCUUCCUCGCCAUUCGCUGCCUGACGGGCGUCUGCUGCUGCUGCAUCAACAUCUGCUCCUUCAGUCUGGUGGUGGAGUGGACCCUGCCUGCCUCUCGCCUCUGGCCUCCGGCCUUCCUGCCGUUCUGCUUCAGUCUCGGGACAAUGGGCGGAGCUCCGCUGGCCUGGCUCAGCUCCACCUGGAGACAGCUGCACCUGUUGCUGGCUCUGCCUCAGCUCAUCUGUCUGCCGCUCUACCUGUCCAUCCCAGAGUCCCCUCGCUGGCUGUUGUUAAAAAGGAGGACGGAUGCUCUGGACAGUUACCGUAGCAACAGCCCUGCAGACAAACACUGUCUGGACCUGCUGUUGGACUCGGCCUGGUCUGACUUGCAGAAAGCCACCGAGGCUCAGGAGGAGCCGCCUCCUGGAGGCCACGCCCCCAGUGACAUCAUGCACCUCCGACACCCGACCGUCCUGCUGCGACUGUUCAUCAUGAGCUACCUGAGUGCAGCGUCAGCACUGACGUACUUCGGCAUCUGUAUGAACAUCGGUUCGUUUGGCGUCGGCGUCUACUCCGCCCAGUUCUUCUCCGGCCUAUCAGAGGCUCCCUGCCUGCUCAUCCCGUUGGUUCGACUCGGGCGCCGCCCACUGAGCAUGCUCGCUCUGUUCCUGAGUGGAGCGGCCUGCUUCCUGUCGUUACUGCUGUCCAGAUACAACGCUAAGCCGGAGCUGGUGAUGAGCCUGGCCCUGCUGGGUAAACUCUGCAUCCUGGCUGCCACCUUCAUCUCUAUUCUGUACAGCAUUGAGCUGUUCCCCACUGUGGUCAGGCAGCGGUGUGUGUCGUUGGUCAACUUGUGUUUCCGGCUCGGCUGUCUGGUCAACUCCCUCGUCCCCCCCAACUCGAAUGGAGCGAUCUCAUUGGCUGCCAUGGUUGUCUACAGCAGUGGACCAAUCGUAGGCUGCAGCCUUUGCCUGCUGCUGCCUGAGACCAGCGGCGUCCCACUUCCUGAUUCGGUGGAGGACUGUGACAGGCAGCCUCGGCCUCGCCCCCCCAGCAUGAGUGCCCUCUGGAGGACACGGAAGUUGGUGAGCAGCCAGACCAGGAAAACGGAGAUCCCCCCCGCAGAGAAAGACGACACGCACAGCGGACUGAUAGGAGCAGUCUGAGUGUUUAAAGUGUAACAAACGGCUUCAUGUCUGUUUGUGUUUAGAUGUUAAAUUAAAGACCAAAGAAGAGGAAGAAGAAGAAGAAGAGGGUUUGUUUUUUUCUCAUGUUGUUUUUAUGUUGUUGUCACUUUGUUCUGUUUUAUCACUGUGGAAAUAAACUUUUAUUGAUCAGAAUUCCAGAAGUGU